AUGGAGGCCCAUCCCGAGCCUGAGCGCCGGCCAGCGGGGUGCGGCAGCCCAGCGCGGACGCCGGAGCUGGCGCGGGGCCCCAACCCGAGGCGGCCGAAGGAGGGCGCGCGGGCCCUGGCUGAAUUCGCGGCGCUGCACGGCCCGGCGCUGUACGCCUCGGGGGUCCCUGAGCGCUACUGGGGCCGCCUGCUGCACAAGCUGGAGCACGAGGUUUUCGACGCCGGAGAGAUGUUUGGGAUAAUGCGGGUGGAAGAGGUGGAGGAGGACGAGAAUGAGGAAGAGGAGGAUGGGCAAUCCAAGAGGAAGAGGCCCAACCCCGGGAGCGAGCUAUGCUACAAGGUCAUCGUGACCAAUGAGGACGGGCUGCGGGCCGCUGACCCCAACAGCAUCUUCCUAAUUGACCACGCCUGGACAUACCGCGUGGAGCAAGCCCGCCGGCAGCUGCAGCAGACACCGGGGCUGCUGCACCGCAUGGCCAGCCUGAUGGGCAUCGAGUUCCACGGCGAGGUGCCCAGCCCUGAGGUCGUGGACCUGGUGCUAGCAGAAAUGUGGAAGUUUAACCAGACCUACCAGCUGGCCCAGGGGACGGCCGAGGAGAAGGUACCUGUAUGGUACGUCCUGGACGAGUUUGGCGCGCGCAUCCAACACGCCGAUGAACCCACCUUUGCCACCGCCCCCUUCUUCUACAUGUCCCAGCAGGUGGCCUACACGCUGCUGUGGCCCCUGAGGGACCUGGACACGGGUGAGGAGGUGACCCGGGACUUUACUUACGGUGAGACGGACCCUCUGAUCCGCAAGUGCAUGCUGCUUCCCUGGACCCCCGCUGACCUGCUGGACCACAGCUCCUCCACACCGGAGCCCCCGGAGGGGUACUACGUGGCCAUUCUGGAGGAGAACAAGGAGAAGCUGCCGGUGGCCAUCAACAUAGCCACGUACCCCAAUGACCACAUCUUCAAGAUCUACUCGGAUGUCCAGCAGGUGCUCAGCCACCUGACCCAUCCGCGCUUCACCUUCACCAUGAAUGAGGCCGAAGCCGACGUCCUCUACAACUUCUCCCACUUCAAGGACUACCGGAGGCUCAGUGAGGAGAGGCCCAGGGUGCUGCUGAACCAGUUCCCCUGCGAGAACCUGCUGACCGUCAAGGACUGCCUGUCCUCUAUCGCCCGUCGUGCCGGGGGUCCCGAGGGCCCGCCCUGGCUGCCCCGCACCUUCAACCUUCGGAGCGAACUGCCCCAGUUCGUCAGCUACUUCCAGCAGCGGGAGAGGCGGGGCGAGGACAACCACUGGAUCGUCAAGCCCUGGAACCUGGCCCGCAGCCUGGACACCCACAUCACCAAGGACCUGCACAGCAUCAUCCGGCACCGUGAAAGUACCCCCAAGGUCGUGUCCAAGUACAUCGAGAGCCCCGUCCUGUUCCUCCGCGAGGACGCGGGCCUGGUCAAGUUCGACAUUCGCUACAUCGUACUGCUGCGCUCCGUGAUGCCCCUGCGGCUGUUCGUUUACGACGUGUUCUGGCUGCGCUUCUCCAACCGGCCCUUCGCGCUCGACGACCUGGACGACUACGAGAAGCACUUCACCGUCAUGAACUACGACCCGAACGUGGUGCUGAAGCAGGUGCAUUAUGAUGAGUUCAUCCCGGCAUUUGAGAAGCAGUACCCAGAGUUCCUCUGGAAGGAUGUGCAGGCGGACAUCUUCCAGGCCUUCAAGGAGCUGUUCCAAGCGGCCUGCUCCCGGCCUGCGCCCAUGGGCCUGUAUCCCUACCCCUCGUCCCGGGCUGUGUACGCCAUCGACCUCAUGCUGAAGUGGGACCACCGCCCCGAUGGGAAGCGAGCCAUGCAGCCCCAGCUCCUGGAGGUGAACUUCAACCCGGAUUGCGAGCGCGCCUGCAAGUACCACCCCACCUUCUUCAACGACGUCUGCAGCACCCUGUUCCUGGACCAGCCCAGCGGCUGCCACGUCACGUGCCUGCUCUAGAGCUUGGGGCUCCCCCAGCCUGCCUGCUGCCCGGCCCCCUUGGAGCACAGGCUGUUGUUCCCCAGGGGUCCCCCAGUUCAGCUGGGUGCUUCUGGGCACCCCAGAGCUUGUCUCCCUUCCAAAGGGUGUUGGGGGAGACAGCUCCGUGGGGAAGUGGGAGCCCCUGGGGUGUAGCCAGACCAACUUCCUCCCCACCAGGGUACCCCUGUGCAGGGCUGCCCGGAGCACCCCGUGCUUGCCACACCACCGCCAGCCCUGCCCUAGUGCCCAGGUCCAGCCCAGCUGGGCCCUUCCCCAGCACACCUCUGAUGGGCAUUGUUGCCUUCCCGUUGGGCCAGGUGGGCCCACUCCUGGGCCAUAGUGAAGUCCGCCCACGUGGAUCCCUGUCGUCCCCAAGACCUCUCUACUCUGGGGACUCCAGCACUAUCCAUCGUGAUGCCAGGGCCAUGCCCGGCAGCAGGCCAGAGCGUGGGUGGCUGAGACGUGAAGUGCCCACAGCAGGCCAAUGCUGCCACUUUCUAGGCUCUCAGAAUGCUGACCUUUUGUGGAAGGAAACUGUCAACACUCUGCUUCCUCCUUUUGUCAGCGUGUGGGCUUGGUCCCGCUGGCUAGCCAUCCGAGGAACUGCUGGGGGUCUGGCAUCUGGUGUCAGGACUCCCGCAAAACAUCCCCACGUGAGGGCCAGGCCGCUGGCUGUGUGGUCUGUGUAAAUGUCCCUCCUCCUCCGGCCUCCUCCUCUGCCAGGUGUGCAUCUUCACCCUCAGUCAGCAAGGCCCUGCCUUUCGGGGGGGUCACUUUUCAGUGAGUGGAAGUCGGGUUGCUGCCAGCACUCUUCGGGGCGCUUGUCAAACCAGGAUACUCUCCCUGGUUUCUUCCUAGGAUAGCUGUGACACCCCCAACUGGAUUUGUACUGCAAUAAAGAGUCCUUCUUGUA